GCGGCGGCGGCGGCUCCUGCGGCUUCUCCUCCCCUCACGCCAGGCCAGGCAGCCUCAGCCCCGGGAAGCGUCUCUGGUCCGGGCUUCCUGCUUCCCGCCAGGUGCCGGCGAAGCCGCGACAGGAACUGGGAGAGAGACGCCUCUGAGGGGAGAGAGAGGGAGGCGCCGCCGCCGCCGCUGCUGCUCUGGCUGCCGACGAAGCGAGCGAGAGGCCGGCGGCGGCCACCUUCGGCCCGGACGCCCCUGGGAGCCUCGCCCGGCCUCCGCCCCGGGGCCUAGAGCGAGCGAGAGAGCGCCGAGCAGGGAGGAGGGCCGAGGAGACCCUCGCGCCCCUUUUCCCGCCUCCUCCUCCGCCCAGGCCGGGCCGGCGCCCGCCUCGCGUCUCCUCCGCGCCGGGGGUGGUGGUGGUGGUGCUGCCGCCCUCCUCCUCCCAGGCGCCCCCGAGAUGCGACCAUGGACUGCCGGAUCAAGGAAAAUCCAGAGAGUACUUUUGAUUUGGUGCUACAGGUAAAAUGCCAGGCUUCUGAAAAUGAAGAUCCUGUGGUUUUGUGGAAGUUCCCGGAGGACUUUGGAGACAAGGAAGUACUCCAGAGUGUACCCAAAUUCUGCUUUCCUUUUGACAUUGCAAGGGUGACCCAGGUUGGACAGCACUUUACCUUUGUGCUUACUGACAUUGAAAGCAAACAAAGAUUUGGAUUUUGCCGGUUAACAUCAGGAGGCAAAGUCUGCCUAUGCAUUCUAAGCUACUUGCCAUGGUUCGAGGUAUACUACAAACUUUUAAAUACGCUGGCAGAUUAUUUGUCUAAAGGACAGGAAGAUGACUUGAAUGACUUGUUAGAAACCUGGUAUACGCAUUCUGUGCCAAAGGCAAAUACUCCGAUCAGCUUAAAUUUGAACAACGAGAUCUUUUUUGCAAGUGAGCAAGUUUUGAAAAAUCAACCUUGUUUAAUGGCGCAAUCGUAUUUCAUUACUCCUGAUCUAACUGGAUUACCAACAGUACCUGAAAGUAGAAAUCUUACUGAAUAUUUUGUUGCUGUGGAUGUGAACAACAUGCUGCAACUUUAUGCCAGCAUGUUGCACGAGAGACGCAUCAUUAUUACCUCCAGCAAACUAAGCACUUUAACUGCUUGCAUUCAUGGGUCAUCUGCAUUGCUAUAUCCAAUGUACUGGCAACACAUAUACAUCCCAGUGCUCCCUCCACAUCUGCUGGACUACUGCUGUGCACCCAUGCCAUACUUGAUUGGAGUUCACUUCAGUUUAAUGGAGAGAGUGAAAAGUAAAUCACUGGAGGAUGUGGUGAUGCUAAACGUUGACACAAACACUUUGGAAACUCCAUUUAAUGACCUGAGCAACCUACCAAGUGAAGUGGUCUCGGCCCUGAAAAAUAAACUGAAGAAGCAGUCCACAGCUACCGGUGAUGGAGUAGCCAGGGCCUUCCUGAGGGCACAAGCAGCGUUAUUUGGAUCCUACAGAGAUGCUCUAAGAUACAAACCAGGUGAGCCUGUCAGUUUCUGUGAAGAAAGUUUUGUCAAGCAUCGUUCCAGCACCUUUAAGCAGUUUUUGGAAACUGCAGUGAACCUUCAACUUUUUAAACAGUUCAUUGAAGGUCGACUUGCAAAGCUAAAUGCAGGAAAAGGGUUUUCUGAUGUGUUUGAAGAAGAAAUCUCUUCGGGUGGCUUUGGUGGAGGAAAUUCAAGAUCAUAUCACCAGUGGAUGUAUACAGUUAAGAAAGGAGGAGCCCUGAUCAACACAGCUAUGACCAGAGCCAGCCCAGCUAUGAAAACAGCAUACCAAUAUGCAAAAAAUCAUGCAAAACAGGGGAUAAAGGAGGUGAGAAGUAAGUUAAAACACAAGGAAACAGAAGAUGAGUAUGGAAUUUGUAGCUCGGGUUUUGUGCAAUAUACUCCUGUCUACACAUUGCAUAAUCCACAAAGACUUAGCACAGAGAAAAGAAGACUUGGGCAGACACGGUUUGGGCAUCUCCAUGCCAAUACAUAUAACCAUGAUCCUGCCUUGGAUGAUGAUGCAGACGAUGAGAUGGAUGGAGGAAGCAAAUUGUCAUCUGAAGAUAGUGAGGAAACAUCUUGUUGUUUGUAUGACAGUGAUGACUCUGGGGAAGUGGCCAAAACAUCUGUUCCUCCUGGAGAAAUGGACUUGCUAGGAGAGAUUUUGGAUAGUCUGAGUACACACAGUUCGGAUCAAGGGAAGCUCUCAGGAGCAAAAAGCCUGGACUUCUUUCGAUCAAUGGAUGAUAUUGAUUACAAGGCAACGAAUAAAUCCAACACGCCAAGUGAGAGCAAUCUGGCUCUGCUUUGCAGUGGUCGAACGUCUGACCCAGCUGACUGGAAUCUUGGGCAAGAUGACAGCAUCCUCACUGGGAAGCAACUUCCCCCGUCUCCAAGGAAACGUGUUCCUUCGACUGGAUACAGAGAAAAUCUCUUUGUGCCAAAAACAGGAAGUCCCGUCCAUAUCCCUAGUGCCGAUGAUGUGAACUUCCUCAAAAUUCAUGCAGAAUCUCCAAACCCAUCUCAAGAAACUAUGCAGUUGUGUUCUCCAGGAGUCUUUCAAGUAAAAAAGACUAAGUGGAGCGAAACACUAAGCAGUACCUCAGCAGAUGAGAUACCACCAAACUUGAGCCAAAAUCCAUCCUCUCAGGUUCCUUGGGAGAGAGAAGCCAGAACAGGAAACGAAAUACUGGAAGAGGGUGGUCUUCUUCACGAAGUGGUGUCUUUGUGUAAAAUGACUUCUGCAUUCAACCAUGGUUUAAACAUUUCAGGGGACAGGUUUUCCAGUAGCAGCGGGAAUAAAGCGUAAUUUUUUUAUUUUUAUUUUUUGAGGGGAGAAAUAACGCUCCUGACAAAAGACUUAAGGAAGACAACUCAGGAUUCCAUAUCACAUAGCAAACCAAAACAUCACAGAGGAAGCGACAAACCUUCCGUUUUGCUAACCUUCAUUGUGGUUUGCCUUACAUGCCCAUUUUCUCCCUCUUGCUUUGAACAUAUCUUCGGAACACAUUUCUUUGCUGCAUAAUUUCACAGCAUGGGCCUGGAUUGGGGUGGGUGGGGCCAUAGCUCAGUGUCAGAGAAUAUGCUCUGCAUCCUGAGCGGCCCAUGUUCAGCCCCUGACAUCUCCAGGUAGGUCUAAGAAAUGUCUGAAACCCCAGGAAGCUGUUUUCCAUCGGUCUGGACCACAGGUGGGGAGCCUGUGACGUUUGGGCACAUUUCAUGUGGGUGAGUGAGCGCGGAAAGAAGAGAAGGGUGCUUUGCCCACUGCCAAAAUGCACCCUCCCCUAUAGAUUACCCACAAGGGAGUGUGGUGGUCCUUGGAAGUAUUUAGGGGG